UAAUCACUGUUGUCUAUAAAUGUCUCUAAAGAAGUUUAGGUCAUUUCUUACUUAAAAAAGUUCACGUGGGAUGUUUUUUCCAUAACUAGCUCUUCCUAUACUUCAGUGAAUAGGUGUGUAUAGUGUGUGGUCUCAUUUGGGUCUUUGGUUCCACUUGUGUGAUGUUAGACAUGUAUGGAGCACUUGCAUUUCUAUUGGCAGGUAUUCCAGUCUGUUUGGGUGAAAACGUUACUGUUGGAAUGCAGAACUCAACAUUUAUGCCAAAGUCCUCUUCCCAGAGCAUGUUCGCUGAAUGUCCGGAUAAAUACACCAAUUUCUGUUAUUAUGGCACAUGCCGGUUCCUCAUAUCUGAGUGGGAGGCUUCUUGCAUAUGCUUCAAAGGAUAUAUUGGAAGCCGUUGCCAAUAUGUAGACCUGUUGCAGGUUAUGGCAUUGGACCCUCGCUCAUUCACUGUAGCAGCUAUAGCAGUCACUUUAUUGGUUGCACUGUCGUUAAUAGGGAGCACAUACCUUGGUGUCUACUUGUGUAGAGUAAAGAGGGAAAGAAGCCGGCUUUCUCUUCUGAAAAACAUGGAGAGCCAAGAAGUUUAAAGGCACACAAUGCCCUGAAGUGUGUGUGAAGAGCA